AUGAGUUAGGAAUAAUAGUAAUAUAGAACACAAUAUGAAUACUAAAGUAUAUAUUAAACUAAUGAUGAUUUGAAUCUUAUAAAUUUUAGAGUAUUUGGAUAUCAACAUAAUAAUUAAUCAAUAUUUUUGUAAAUUAAUAAUUGUAAAGUGGAAGAAUUUGGAAAAUGUUUGGAAUGCCAAAAUUAAUAUGAAUUAGAUUUUCAUAAAAAACAAUGUAUUCCUAAAUGUUAGGAUGGAAUUAAAUUAUCACAAGAACUAUGUGAUGAUGAGAAUAGAAUCCAAUUUGAUGGUUGUUAUAAAUGUUAAUAAAGUUGUUAAAUAGAAUGUUUAUUUUGUUCUGAAAAUAAAUGCUAUAUAUGCAAAGAAGGAUGGUAACUUCAAGAGUAUUUGUGUAUAUAAAUUUGUGGAGAUGGAUUAUUGGCUAUUAUAUCUAUCGAAUAAUGUGAUGAUCCUGAAGAUCUUAAUUGUGUUGAUUGUAAAUAUUAAUGUGAUCAUGAUUGCUUGGUUUGUGAUUAGUUCUAAAAUUGUGAAUAAUGUAUAUAUCCUUAUGAGAUUAAGGAAGGGAAAUGUUUACCAAUUUGUGGAGACAAUAUAAUUUCUCUUCCUUUGAAUAAUGCGAUGAUGGUAAUGAUAUCCCUUAUGAUGGAUGUUUUGAAUGUCAAUACUAAUGCUCUUAUGGAUGUAUUUAAUGUGAGAAGGACAAUAAAUGUGUACUAUGUGAAGACUAAUAUUAUCAUUUAAAUACUUAAAAUUUUAAGUGCGAAUAACUUAAGUAAAUUAUUGAUUCAGAACUAAAACAGGAAUUAAAUGAUAAUGAUUAAUUAAUUGUAUAAUGUAAUCAGAAUUAAGCAUUUUUCAAUAAUUAAUGUAUUAAUUUAUGUGGCAAUGGAAUACUUAAUAGCCAUUUUGAAUAAUGUGAUGAUGGAAAUAAUGAUGGAGGAGAUGGAUGUUCAGCUUCAUGUUUUUAAGAAGAUUCUUUUAAAUGUCUUAAUCAAGAAAACUCUAUCAGUAUUUGCACUUUUAUUCAAGCACCAAACUUCAAUUUAAUUUUACUUUCUGAUAAAAGUAAUAAAAGUAAAAUAAUUGACUUAAGCUUUUCUUAAGAAGUAUAUAUAUCAUGCGAAAAUCUUUUUGAACAUGCAUUAGAAAUUAUGAUCAUUCCAUAAACUUAAUAUGAACUAACUAUUAUUCCAUUAAUAAAAAUUACUUCCUAGUUAAGUAAUCCUAAUUAUCUAAUUGAUAUUUAACUUUUGGAGCCUGUUGUAGAUCCAAUUUUAGAAAUUUAAAUAUAGAAAUUCUGUAUUUUUAAUUAGUUUGAUUUGGAUUUAAGUACUAAUUCAAAACAACUACCUCUAGGAACUCCGAUCAUAUUAUCAGCAGCUACAUAGAAAAGAGUAAUCUAAGUUAUCAAAAUGAAUGAUGCUAUGGUUUAUUCAUCAACUAGUAUUUCUGUAAUUCUAUUAUUAACUGGUAAUUACAUUGUGUUUUUCAAUUUAUUAGACUUACUAUAAUCACUAUCUUACAUUAGAUAUAUGCAAUAUAAAUUUCCUCCUCAUUUAACUUAAUUUCUUGAAACUUAUACAAAAAUUUCUUUAUAACCAAUUUUAGAUAGUUUAAAGGUUGAUGAAAUUAUAGCUAAAAUUAAUGGAGGUACUCUUCCAUAUUUUAGAAAGAAAUCGCAACAAUCAAAACAAAUUGAUGUUUUGAAUUAAUUUUAUUUAAUGAAUGCUAAGGGAUGUUACUUUUCUUACUUAUUAUCAUUGCUAACUUAUUUUAUGUGUUGUCUAAUAUCUUCAAUAAAGGUAUCAUAAUGGGUGGGAAAAAGUUUUGAAAAAAAUAAAGAUAGUAUGAAAGUUCUUCGCCUAAUUUCAAUCUUUUAAAAAAGAAUUCAA